AGCGGGGGGGCGCGCCGGGCCGGGGCGGGGCCGCGAGCGGCAUGGAGGAGGCGGAGGCCGCGGCGCGCAGGGCCGAGCAAUGCGGGCCCGAGCGGGGCCCGAGCGGGGCCCGGGGCCCCUAAGCCAUUCCUGAAGGCAUGGGCUGCCCAGGACAUUGGUGACCCGCCAAUCCGGCAUGGACGACUGGAAGCCCAGCCCCCUCAUCAAGCCCUUUGGGGCUCGGAAGAAACGGAGCUGGUACCUUACCUGGAAGUAUAAACUGACAAACCAGCGGGCUCUGCGGAGAUUCUGUCAGACAGGGGCCGUUCUUUUCCUGCUGGUGACUGUCAUUGUCAAUAUCAAGUUGAUCCUGGACACUCGGCGAGCCAUCAGUGAAGCCAAUGAGGACCCAGAGCCAGAGCAAGACUAUGAUGAGGCCUUAGGCCGCCUGGAGCCCCCAAGGCGCAGAGGCAGCGGUCCCCGGCGGGUCCUGGACGUAGAGGUGUACUCAAGUCGCAGCAAAGUAUAUGUGGCAGUGGAUGGCACCACGGUGCUGGAGGAUGAGGCCCGGGAGCAGGGCCGGGGCAUCCAUGUCAUUGUCCUCAACCAGGCCACGGGCCACGUGAUGGCAAAACGUGUGUUUGACACAUACUCACCUCAUGAGGAUGAGGCCAUGGUGCUGUUCCUCAACAUGGUUGCGCCCGGCCGAGUGCUCAUCUGUACUGUCAAGGACGAGGGCUCCUUCCACCUCAAGGACACGGCCAAGGCUCUGCUGAGGAGCCUGGGCAGCCAGGCUGGCCCUGCCCUGGGCUGGAGGGACACAUGGGCCUUCGUGGGACGAAAAGGAGGUCCUGUCCUUGGGGAGAAACAUUCUAAGUCGCCUGCCCUCUCCUCCUGGGGGGACCCAGUCCUGCUGAAGACAGAUGUGCCGCUGAGCUCAGCAGAAGAGGCAGAGUGCCACUGGGCAGACACAGAACUGAACCGUCGCCGCCGGCGCUUCUGCAGCAAAGUUGAGGGCUAUGGAAGUGUAUGCAGCUGCAAGGACCCCACACCCAUCGAGUUCAGCCCUGACCCACUCCCAGACAACAAAGUCCUCAAUGUGCCUGUGGCUGUCAUUGCAGGAAACCGACCCAAUUACCUGUACAGGAUGCUGCGCUCUCUGCUUUCAGCCCAGGGGGUGUCUCCCCAGAUGAUAACCGUUUUCAUCGAUGGCUACUAUGAGGAACCCAUGGAUGUGGUGGCACUGUUUGGUCUGAGGGGCAUCCAGCAUACCCCCAUCAGCAUCAAGAAUGCCCGCGUGUCUCAGCACUACAAGGCCAGCCUCACUGCCACUUUCAACCUCUUUCCGGAGGCCAAGUUUGCUGUGGUUCUAGAAGAGGACCUGGAUAUCGCUGUGGAUUUUUUCAGUUUCCUGAGCCAAUCUAUCCACCUGCUGGAGGAGGAUGACAGCCUGUACUGCAUCUCUGCCUGGAAUGACCAGGGUUAUGAACACACGGCUGAGGACCCAGCACUACUGUAUCGUGUGGAGACCAUGCCUGGGCUGGGCUGGGUGCUCAGGAGGUCCUUGUACAAGGAGGAGCUUGAGCCCAAGUGGCCUACGCCGGAAAAGCUCUGGGAUUGGGACAUGUGGAUGCGGAUGCCCGAACAACGCCGGGGCCGAGAGUGCAUCAUCCCUGACAUUUCCCGAUCCUACCAUUUUGGCAUCGUCGGCCUCAACAUGAAUGGCUACUUUCAUGAGGCCUACUUCAAGAAGCACAAGCUCAACACAGUUCCAGGUGUCCAGCUCAGGAAUGUGGACAGGCCUGUGUGUUUACUCCAGCCCUGCUGCUGCAGAUUCCCAUGUGACCCCUUGCCCUGCUCAGUGCUACCCAUGGGACCUGAGGGCCUGCCCACUCCUCUGACCCAUUUCUCCCUCCUCUUCAGUCUGAAGAAAGAAGCUUAUGAAGUGGAAAUUCACAGGCUGCUCAGUGAGGCUGAGGUUCUGGACCACAGCAAGAACCCUUGUGAAGAUUCUUUCCUGCCAGACACAGAGGGCCACAUUUACGUGGCCUUUAUUCGAAUGGAGAAAGAUGAUGACUUCACCACCUGGACCCAGCUUGCCAAGUGCCUCCAUAUCUGGGACCUGGAUGUGCGUGGCAACCACCGGGGCCUGUGGAGAUUGUUUCGGAAGAAGAACCACUUCCUGGUGGUGGGGGUCCCAGCUUCCCCCUACUCAGUGAAGAAGCCACCCUCAGUCACCCCAAUUUUCCUGGAGCCACCCCCCAAGGAGGAGGGAGCCCCAGGAGCCGCAGAACAAACAUGAGACCUCCUCCAGGACCCUGCAGGGCUGGGUACUGUGUACCCCCAGGCAGGCUAGCCCUUCCCCCCAUCCUGUAGGAUUUUGUAGAUGCUGGUAGGGGCUGCGGGCUACCUUGUUUUUAACAUGAGACUUAAUUACUAACUCCAAGCGGGGCCUCCCCUGCUCCAAUACCCCUGUUCCUGAGUUAAAGGUCUAUUUAUUUACUUCCUUGUUGGAGAAGGGCAGGAGAGUACCUGGGAAUCAUUGCGAUCCCUGGACAGCUGAUCCUGCCCUUUGAAUACCCUCACUUCCCAGGCCUGGCUCAGAAUCUAACCUAUUUAUUGACUGUCCUGAGGGCCUUGAAAACAGGCGGAACCUGGAGGGCCUGGAUUUCUUUUUGGGCUGGAAUGCUGCCCUGAGGGUGGGGCUGGCUCUUACUCAGGAAACUGCUGUGCCCAACCCAUGGACAGGCCCAGUUGGGGCCCUCAUGCUGACACAGACUCACUCAGAGACCCUUAGACACUGGACCAGGCCUGCGCUCAGCCUCCUCUUUGUCCAGAUUUCCAAAGUUGGAUAAGUUGGUCAUUGAUUAAAAAAGGAGAAGCCGUCUGGUGA